GAGGAGCUGAUCGAAACGGCCAUGGGCUUGGAUCCCAACAAACCCUACGUGAUACAGUAUGUGUCAAAGUUCUAUCGGAGAAAUAAGCAAUUGGAUAAGGCCUUGUCUCUUUUGAAAAGGGUGCAGGAAAUGACACCCAAUUCAGCCUUUGUGCACCAUCAACUCGCCCUGAUCUACAUGAGUAAAAGACAGACAUCAAUCCAGAAUGGAGGAGAAGAGGAUGAAACUCUUUACACGCUGUGCAUGCAACACCUGGAUCAGGCCCUCUCCAUUAAACCCUCUUUUGUAUAUGCCAUGUUAGAUUUAGAAGCUUGCUAUGCAGAGAAGAAGAACAUCAAGAAAGCAGAGGAGAUGUUUGAAGAAACAAUUAAAGUGGCUACUGCAAAGAAAGACAGCCUGCAUGUUGUAGAGGUCCGUUACGCAGAUUUCCAGCUCUACCACAUGAAAUCAGUGCCCUUGGCUAUUAUGCACUACAAGGAAGGGCCUAGACUGCAGAAAGAUACAGCAGAUGGGAAAAGGUGUGUGCAGCAACUCACAAAAAUUGCAAAUAAAGACAUUUUGAGUAACCCGCAUGAUGGCAAAGUUUAUGGGCUUCUGGGCUAUGUUCAUGAAAUAACAGGUGAAAAUCCUCACGCAAUUAAGUGCUAUGAGAAGGCCAUUCUUCUUGACCCUGGCAACAAGGAGUAUCUCACUGCUCUGUGCAAUCUCCGCUAACCCUGGAAAUGAAAUCAACAUUUUAAAAUGCAAAGCCCAUUUAAAUGGCAUACACUGGAAAAGCUUUAGUUUGUUUUCAUUUAUUUCCUCACUAGCCACUUUUGGGCUGCAAAGUGCAAGUGCAUGAAUAUUCUGUAUUAUUAUUAUUAUUAUUAUUAUUAUUAUUAUUAAAAGAAUGUUAACUGUGUUUGUUAAUUGUU